AAAGAAAAUUACUAGAGUUUUCUUAUUAUCUGUCAAUCGCAAGACAGAUGUGUCAAAAAUUUGAUAAAUAAAUUUUUGUUUCCCGUUUGAUUCAAAAUUUAAUGUAUAAAACACUAUUAAACAAAAUAUAUUUAAAUUAAAUAUGGAAGUGGAAAGAUGUCCGUCAGAAGAACUUUUAAGCCAAAUGCGUAGCUUGGUGAAGCCAAUUCUAUUUUUUGCCUUAGCAGCUGUUGCGUUGUAUGUACCACUGGGAGACCCACAGGAAAGGUGUUGUUCGUCGGAAACUGCGAAACAGCGGAUCUCAAACACUUCCAUAUGUCAGCUAUACUUAGUAACAGUCAAAUUAUAUCAAAAGCUCAUGGAGUUUCUCGAAUUUGCAGUUACGAUGUUGAUAGACAUUCUUUACGAACUUAAAUUAAAGUUCUAUACUCUUCUCGGAAAACUGGACAGUAAAGACUUGUGUCGCUCCAUCUGUUGCUAUGAUAGUGACACAGAGGAGAAGGUGCCUAAAAAAGAAUCAAGACAUCGUUCGUGCAACUGCAUUCAAUCAAGGUGCAGCAAACGAAAGUCGCGUCAAAUCGUCAUUUAAAUAUGUAUUAAUUUUGUGUUUGUUCUAAAUUGUAUAUGUCAUAUGUAAUCAUUAGUACGGAAGUGAACUUGAAGUUAGUAAAUAAAGAGUGACUUGAUUUACCAUAAGUAAAUAUCAAUAAUUUUACGAGAAUGGUCUGUUUCUGUUAAGUAAAAAUUAUAUCGCUUCUAAAAAUGUCUAAUAGUAUAUUUUUUUAACAUCAAAAUCACGUUCUCUUCUGUAUUAUUA